GGUUUCAAUACAAAAAAUUGACAAUAACUGUUAGGAGAGUGUUUCUCUUAUGCCAAUCAUGUUGAUUUAGUACAGGAUUAGUAACAUUUAGAGCUGUCCAUCCCCCCUAAAACCAUUUUGUGUUAACAGAAAGAAAUGAAUCUUGCCAGGAGGGUAGAGAAUCCCCGUAAUCUUGGCAUCAAUCACUCAAUUCAUCCACUCCAGUCACUGAGAAAAGUCAAAAACUUGCAAAGCUUAAACCCAGCAUAGAGAAUUGUUAAUAUUUAUCUCCCACUUCACAUCCCUGUUACGUCACUUCUGUGCAAAAAGAUAAAUGCUUCAAAUCAGCAGCUGAGAGGAGAAAGAGAAAUCAAAAAGAAGGUGAAAGAUGCUAAGAGAGGCUGAAGAAGUGAGAUCUGGCUCUUGCUUUGCAACAUGAACUCUUGUUCUUUAUAUCACUCUGCUCUGCACACCCUGAGUCUGGCAGUGUUUGUUGCUGGAAAUGUCCACCCAGAAUGUGAUUUUAUGGUAGAGCUGAAGAAAAAGGAGGCUGAAUGUCUGGAAGCCCCCCAAGAGCACGGGAAUGCAACAUCAGCAGGUUGCAAGAGAACUUGGGACAAAUUGCUGUGCUGGCCAGAGGCAGAUGCUGGAGAGAUUCUUGCCUUACCAUGUCCAAACAUCCUCUUUCACUUCAUGAAGGAGCCAGCUGGGCUGAUAAAAAGAAACUGCACAAAAAAGGGCUGGUCUGACCCAUUCCCUCCCUACCAUGUGGCCUGUCCAGUAGAGGAUGAGAUUCCUCUUGAAGAACAAUCCUACUUUUCUACUAUCAAGAUCAUCUACACUGUGGGCUACAGCGUGUCCAUCACCUCCCUCAUCAUUGCCGUGACAGUUCUGAUUGCAUUCAGGAGGCUUCGCUGUCCCAGGAAUUAUAUCCACGUUCAGCUCUUUUUUACAUUCAUCCUAAAGGCUAUUGCCAUUUUCAUUAAGGAUGCUGUCCUUUUCCAGGAGGAGGGCAUUGAUCACUGCAGCUUCUCUAUAACUGAAUGCAAGAUCUCCGUGGUUUUCUGUCACUACUUCAUGAUGACCAAUUUCAUGUGGCUGCUGGUGGAGGCUCUCUACCUGAACUGCCUGCUGCUCUCGUCCCUUUCUCAUGGAAGAAGAUAUUUUUGGUGGCUGGUUCUCUUUGGCUGGGGUUUUCCAACACUUUUCACCCUUAUAUGGAUAUUGACAAAAUUCUACUUUGAAGACACUGCAUGCUGGGAUAUUAAUCAAGGCUCUCCUUAUUGGUGGCUAAUCAAAGGACCAAUUAUAAUUUCUGUGGGGGUCAAUUUUGUCCUAUUUAUCAACAUCAUCAGAAUUUUGCUGAAAAAACUAGACCCUAGACAAAUCAACUUCAAUAAUUCUUCUCAGUACAGACGUCUGUCAAGGUCAACUCUGCUUCUGAUUCCUUUAUUUGGAACCCAUUACAUUGUCUUCAACUUCCUCCCAGAAUAUUCCAGCCUGGGGGUUCGGCUCUACUUGGAGCUCUGCAUUGGAUCUUUUCAGGGGUUUAUUGUGGCAGUUCUCUACUGUUUCCUGAAUCAAGAGGUGCAAACGGAAAUCGGCCGGCGGUGGCACGGGAAGAGAUCCGGGCUGGUGCCGGUGUGGAGGAGGACCAGGUGGACUGUGCCAUCCAGCUCUGGGGUGAAAAUGAACACAUCUGUGUGCUGAGGAUGGCCUCGGGCUCUGCAGGGAAAAAACCCCAACCAAACAACCAAAAAACAAUCAAUAAACAAAUAAAAUGUUAUCAGACAUAGCAGUUGUAGCUUAUCCUGAGCAAAUUGGAGUAGGAUUCACUUCCACAGUUCUGACCAUGGGGCUUUUUUUGCAGGACAAGCAUUGCAAGAACAGCCUAAACCCUGACUGACCUUCUAAACAGGAAAUAAUCUUCUCAGUGAUAACUCUGCACCACAGCAAACAUAAAAAUCACCUAAUCUGGUUCAUUUCUACACUUUCAGUUUCACAAAGUGCUUAUGAAUGGACACCAGUAGCACCCUCCAGUGACAUCAUAGAUGACCACCUCUGGAAAACAGAAUUAAAUUCUAAUUCAGUGGGAGCUGGAGUCUAUCCAGCUUGUUCAAGCUUUGUUCCAUGUUUUGAUUCUGCAGACAUGCAAAUAAGAACCCAAAAGUCUUGCUAAAUUCCAACACAACUAAAAAAGUCCUUUAGUGUUUUCUUUUCACGUUGUCUCUUUGAAUCUUUUUGCUACUAAAGUUCACAAUAAAACACUCUCAGGUUCUGGUGUUAUUUCAGGAGUUACAGGUUAGAAAAUUUCUGACAGCCAAGUAGCAGGGAAGGGAGGAGCUGGGAAGGCUCCAUAUGAUAAUCAUUAAAGAAAUUGUUUGCAAGGAAAUGAAAAGAAAAAGCCAACUUUUGCACAGAAAGAGAAUGAGACUCCCAGGAGAUGGACAGGGAGACUGCUGGGAAUACUGCUAAAUAUUUUCUUAUGUGUGACUGUUUUUGCUCUUCAGUGUUGUAAAAGAUUCAGAAGCUUGAAAAUAAACUUGGAUUCCCAGUGUUUGUACUUGAGCAGUUUUAUUUUGUUUUAUUUUGUUUUUGGGAUUGUUUUCACAAUGGUGAUCCCAGCCUGUAGAUUAAAAGAUUGAUUAAACUUUUUGAUGGGAACAUCAGGGCUUGGAAAGGAGUGAAGAAAGCUAAGCUGUACCAGCCAGUGAGGAUCAGUACAUCAGUACUCUUUGCCUUUCUCUUCUGAACAUUUCAGUGAGCUGCCAAGUCUGAUUAAAAACCACAAAAUUCCCUUUGGUGAAUGCAGGUAAUUACAGCUAACCUGAAGAAAUGGAAUGUUGCUUCACCUAGUUUUUGUAUAAAAGCUGACUGCCCAGAAGGCAUUUUCCUCUUCCAAUUAAAACAAAAAAAAAUUAUUUAAAAAAAAUUAUUAAAAAAAAAAAAAAAAAAAAGAGGUUUUUUUUUCCUUGUUCUUCUACCUGUGAAAAUUACAUCAGUGGCUGGAUUCAGACCUGAGGGUGGGAGAAGGUGUUUAUUUCCAUUUCUGAAGUGACUCCUCAUUUUACAAUGUGGACCCCAAGAUAUUGUUUUUACUGUUUUCCUUCCAUUAUCCAGAAGAACUCAAAGUGAUCUGGGUGGAGAGUAAGGGACUAACAGAGGGAAGCCUUCACAUGGCUUUGAGUGUCCCACAGCAUCCAGCUCAGGUGGAAAAGUGGCAUAACUGGUAAACAUGGGCUUUUUCCUGCAGAGGAAUGUUUUUCAGCCUCCCAGAGAUCAUGGUCUGUCUCAGCUAAAAUGGAGCCUGGGGUAAUAACCUAGGAAAGAGAGACAUUUUACCCAUCUCUUCCCAUAAAUGUUCAGAUAGAAAAUUCCUUGCAGCUGCUUCAUUGCUGCUGGGGUGAAAAUUGGCAAAUUUACUGUGAACACCAUCACACUCUAAAAGUGUAAAACAAAAAGCAGUAAAAAACAAAUAAAAUUCCUUCUUCUGCUGAAUGAUUGACCGCUGUGAGGCUCAGCUGGUUUCUGGAUGUGUGAUGGCACUUUCUGGUCUCCCUGUCUCAAGGUGUUUUCAAGGGUCAAAUUUAGACUCUUGUAUGUUUUGACCAUGACAAAUGGAUUUUCUGGAUUGUGAUUAGGCCCUGAAAUUCUGAAAUGGGGUUUCCACGUUGACUCUGACUUUAAAAGGAUGGGUUGGCAACAGAUAUGAAGGCACAUGAACACAGGGACUUCCCAGGGCUCCUGUUCUCUGCUUUUAGAGAAGUUUGGGUUGAGGGAUUGACCCCAAAUCCCUCUGCAUCAGAAAUAGCUGCUCUGCCCAAAUAAUUUCCAUGGGCUCUGUGUCAUCCAUGAUAGGCACAAUUAUUUGGUGCAUUCCAGUACCUGUGGCAUCUACUGUCACCUAAAUACAGUUAUUACACACUCAGUCUUUGUCCUUCUCCAGCCAUCUCAUCUUUUUCUGGCAUGAAAAAGAGCAGGAAUCUUGAAGAUAUCAUUUUGUC